AGUUGUUCUUUACUUGCAUUCAUUCAUCGAUCCAUCGGGUAACUUCAGCUCCUUACUCAUAGUUAACAGCUAGCUUAUCAGCCAACAGAUGGUAUGUCAGAGUAGCUCCGUGGAACCAUGCUUAAAGCAAUUCAUGACAUAAACCCUAAUGGAAACUGGACGACCGUUGCAAAGAUUAUGUCGAGUUAAAAUCCAGAGACUGCUAGUGUUGGUCAUAAGCCUUGUGGUCGUUUUCGUAGUUGUAGCUCAGUUAAUCGCUUUUCCUUAUAAGAAUUACGCGUUGAUUGUAUCACCACUCAACAAGGGUGUUCUGGUACACGAUGUGGCUAUUUACGAUAAUGCCUCUAUUACAUUCGAGCUAGCUCUGAACGAUUCGAAAGUAGAAGCAGGGUGCAAAGGGUAUGAUUGUGAUCAUGGAUCUUUAGUCUCACAAAUUGCAGCUAAACAAAAUGGUUCGGAUCAAACUGUUUCUGUUGCUUCGGAAUCAACACGGCUUUCUUACAUGAUUUCGGUUCUUGAAUCAGCCGUUGCUGCUCGUUUCAGUAAGGGUAAGUCGUUCUCUGCUCGUGACCGACGACUUCAACAAGCACGGACGCAAAUUGAGAACGGGCCGAUGUUAGGAAGCGCCCGAGGACUUGAUGCUUCUCUUUAUCGAAAUGUUUCCAAGUUUGUAAGGAGUUACAGAUUGAUGGAAACGACUCUGAAAAUAUACAUCUACAAGGAAGGGAAAAAGCCGAUCUUUCAUGAUCCAAAAUUAAGGGGAAUCUACGCUUCAGAAGGAUGGUUCAUGAAACUAAUCGAGAAAAGUAGAAACUUCAUCACGAAAGAUCCCAGAAAAGCUCAUCUAUUCUAUCUACCAUUUAGUUCACUAAAGCUAAGAAACUCGUCUCAGGAGCAACAUCCUCGGAACCGCAAAGAUUUAGAACAACAUUUAAAGAAUUACGUUGACUUAAUCGCUGGAAAGUACCCUUUCUGGAACCGAACCAAUGGAGCUGAUCAUUUUCUUGUUGCAUGUCACGAUUGGGCGAUGAAGCUAACAAAAGACCCUAUGGGAAGUUGCAUUAGAUCUCUUUGCAACUCAAAUCUUGCAGGUGGAUUCAAGAUCGGGAAGGACACGACUCUUCCGGCCACAUAUAUUCGUAGCGCAGAAGAUCCCGUUAAAGAUCUUGGUGGGAACCCACCUUCAGAGAGACCGAUCCUUGCUUUUUUUGCUGGAGGAAUGCACGGAAACCUCCGACCGAUCCUAAUUCAACACUGGCACGAUAAAGAUCCCGACAUGAAGAUCUUCGGACCAAUGGCUCGUGAUAUUGAAAGUAAAGCUAGUUACCGAACUUAUAUGAAGAGCAGCAAAUACUGCAUUUGUGCUCGUGGGUAUGAAGUUUUCAGCCCACGGAUCGUGGAGUCGAUUUACUUCGAAUGUGUACCGGUGAUCAUAUCCGAUAACUACGUUCCGCCAUUUUUCGAGUUCUUGGAUUGGGGGGCGUUUUCGGUGUUCGUUUUGGAGAAAGAUGUGGCGAAUUUGAGCGAUAUUCUUCGGUCGAUUUCGGGCGAAAAGUAUCUGGAAAUGCAGAAGAAAGUGAAGAUGGUGCAACAACAUUUUAUUUGGCAUAAGAAACCUGUAAAAUUUGAUUUGUUUCAUAUGAUUCUUCAUUCCAUUUGGAACAAUAGACUUUUUUCAAUUUGAGAUUAAACAAUUGUAUGUGCCU